ACCAACAAUUUUUUCAAAUUCACACUAGAUAACGACGACACGAGUCAACGUUCAUCCUCGUUUGACACGAAUCUUCAAGUACUUUUUUGGGUACACAAAUAUUCAAGUAUUAUAAGAAGCAAAAAUACAUUCAGAUUCACCAACCUUUUAGUUUACUUCUCCUCUCUUCAUUUUUUUGAUUGGAUCUCUCAAUCUGAGCAACUAUGAGCUGGUGGUGGUCCGGUGCUAUUGGCGCUGCUAAAAAGAAAUUGGAUGAAGAAGAAGAACCAAGAAGCUUCCAGAACGUAGCCUUGGUGAUCGGCGUAACAGGCAUCGUAGGCAACAGCCUCGCCGAAAUUCUCCCUCUAGCAGACACACCAGGCGGUCGAUGGAAAGUCUACGGCGUGGCAAGGCGGCCAAGACCUGCCUGGAACGAAGAUCACCCCGUAGAAUACAUCCAGUGUGAUAUCACCGAUUCAAACGACGCCGAAUCAAAACUCUCCGUUCUCACCGACGUCACACACAUCUUCUACGUCUGUUGGGCAAGCCGUCCCACCGAAGCAGAGAAUUGCGAAAUUAACGGCACUAUGUUAAAGAACGUUCUCCGCGCCGUUAUCCCUAACGCUCCAAAUCUCCGCCACGUGUCACUUCAAACAGGCGGAAAGCACUACGUCGGUUCUUUCGAGUCGUUCGGUAAGAUUAAACCCCACGAGCCGCCUUAUACGGAAGAUAUGCCGCGUUUGGAUACACGAAAUUUCUAUUAUACCCUUGAAGAUGUAUUGUUUGAAGAAACUGGAAAGAAAGAGGAUUUGAGUUGGUCUGUUCAUAGACCACUUUUAAUUUUCGGAUUUUCACCUUAUAGUUUGAUGAAUAUUAUUGGAACACUUUGUGUUUACGCUGCAAUUUGUAAACACGAGGGUGUUCCUUUAAGAUUUCCAGGUACAAAGUUAGCUUGGGAGAAUUAUUAUAUGGCUUCUGAUGCUGAUUUGAUUGCUGAGCAACAUAUUUGGGCUGCGGUGGAUCCUUAUGCUAAGAAUGAAGCUUUUAAUUGUAGCAAUGGUGAUGUUUUCAAGUGGAAGCAAUUGUGGAAGGUUUUGGCGGAACAGUUUGGGAUUGAGGAGUAUGGUUAUGAGGAAGGUCCUCGUUUGAAGUUAUCGGAAUUGAUGAAGGAUAAAGGUCCUGUUUGGGAUGAGAUUGUGAAGGUGAAUCAGCUUCAACCUACCAAGUUGGAAGAAGUUGCUGAGUGGUGGUUUGCUGAUGUUAGUUUGGGAGGGAAUGGGUUUACAGAUACUAUGAAUAAGUCUAAAGAGCAUGGCUUUUUGGGAUUCAGGAACACUAAAAAUUCGCUUAUUAAUUGGAUCGAUAAGACCAGAGCUUACAAGAUUGUGCCUUGAGUGACUCAAUAUUGGAUCCAACUAGGCUUUGCUUUUUUCUGUUUUUUUUUCAUGAAUAAGUAUAAUGAGAGGGAGAUUGUGAUUUUACAUUCCGGUCUAUAAUUUAGGUUGCGUGUUAUGUUUUCGUGAUGUACUAAUAAUUCUGUACUGGGAGAUGGUUUUUGUGUUUUUAUGAAUUUUUUGCCGUAACUAUCUCUAAUCUACCCUUUCAUUAUAAGUGGUGAAUAAUGUCUUUUGAGGAUGAUA